GGCUCCCGCGGCUCUCAGGCGCGCGGUGCCACUGCCCGGUGGUCCCGGCUUCCUCGGCCCCAGGCUCGGCACCCGCCCAGCCCGGGCCUCCGCCCCGCUCCCGCCCCCGCCCCAGCCGCGGCCCGCCGAGCCCGCGGCCAACCAAGCCGCCAGAGACGCCUGCACAGCCGCGGGGGCCCGGGCGGGGGGCCAUGCCUUGCCGGAGGGAGGAGGAGGAGGAAGCCGGCGAUGAGGCGGAGGGGGAGGAGGACGACGACAGUUUCCUCCUGCUGCAGCAGUCGGUGACUCUGGGCGGCUCGACCGACGUGGACCGGCUCAUCGCCCAGAUCGGCGAGACGCUGCAGCUGGACGCGGCGCACGACGGUCCGGCCUCGCCGCGUGCGGCCCCGGGUCCCCCGCCCGCGCCCCCGGUCCUGGCGGCGCUGCCCGCAGACAAGGCCGGGGCCCCGGCGAGGCUGCUGCGGCCGGCGACAUCAGGGGAGGCCGGAGACCCUGCGCCCCCGGGGGCGGUGCGCUGCGUGCUGGGGGAGCGCGGGCGCGUGCGGGGCCGGGCGGCGCCCUACUGCGUGGCGGAGAUCGCCCCGGGCGCCAGCGCUCUGCCCCAGCAGCCGGGCUUUGACGGACCCCCAGGGACCGGCAAACUAAACACCCCGCAGCCACUGUCCGGCCCGUGCCGGCGAGGUUGGCUCCGGAACGCAGCCGCGUCCCGCCGCCUGCCACAGCGACGCGGAUCUCAGCCGGAGACCCGCACCGGCGACGACGACCCGCACCGACUCCUGCAGCAGCUCGUGCUCUCGGGGAACCUCAUCAAGGAGGCGGUGCGGAGACUUCAUUCGCGACGGCUACAGCUACACGCAAAGCUUCCCGCACACCCGUUCCUCGGGCCCCUGUCAGCCCCGGUGCAUGAGCCGCCUUCGCCCCAGAGCCCUCGCGCGGCCUGCAGCGACCCUGGCGCUUGCGUGAGGAGGGCGCAGCUCAGAACUGGGGACGACCUUCUUGUCCCUGGCAGCUAACAACCUAGGUGGCCACACCACCAGCCUGCAGCGGGGGACCGAGGAAUUCACCCAGGGCUUCACCCAGCCUGAGCUGGUGGAGGACUCGAGCACUUGGAAACGGGAAAUUAAGCUAAGGAAGACAGCCAAAAUAUCGCAGAUAUUUUCAUGGAUAACUGAAGUUGAGAGCCCCAAAUUGUUUGAAAGCCAGGACUCAGGUUUGUUUAAAGGAGAUUCUAUAGAGCGCACCGCAGGCUGUCAGAAGGACUCCUUUUUUGGCGUGAUCCAACCUGGUCGCUGCAAUUCCGCGCAGACUCUCCUGGCCAAGCGGGCGACCACGUGGCCACGGUGCAUGCUCUCAGGAUCGGCUCAGCCAGCUGUGGAACGAAGGACGAUGAUCCCCGUUUACUCGCUGUACUUUUCAGGGCUGGUUCCUGAUCCACUUUGGGGGAGGGGGAAACAAGAAUGGACGUGAUUUCGGGGAGCUCCCCAAAAUGCCACACUUGAACAUUUUACGACAGUUAAAAGGCCAUCAUCUCAUCUUUUGCGGUGGUGGUUUCAAUGUAAAACAUGCGGUACCACGGGAGGACCCUCUUGGGGCUGAAUAGAAGUAACCGUUUUCUGUCUGUCCCCUCUUUUUCAACGGGUUGCUGUUAAGAGUGUUGAAGGGGAAAGCUGUACCCCACGAGUGGUAGGAGGCGGCAGUGAGCGGUGUUGGGUGUUGGAAGGGAAUGGCGAAGCACGGAGUUGCCUUCGAAAGUGUUUUUAAAGGAGACCCAUCCCUCUUCGGGUUCAAGGUCACUGUCUCCUGAGUGUGCACCUUGCAGCUACACUGAGACUAACCGUAUUACCUUACUGGGAGAAGAGCACACUGUUUUGCAAAUUCAGGAGUCCUCUAAGGACACUCCUGCCACCUCCCAGAAGGGGUGGCGAUGGCGGGUGCUUGAGAGUCUGUGCUUCUCUCCGGAGGCCACCGCCCCUGCCCCUCCUCCCGACUUGCAAACACACUGCCUUGAGACAGUGACCGAGUACCACCUUUCCCCCUUGGUUCUGCUGCCCUACUCCAGCAGGGUGGCUCUGAUGACGCUAGAUGCCAGGGACGUUCCACAUAAUGGGUGCUCCAGGGACACAGCUUGGGACAUAGUCUCACACAGCCGCUUAUCCUGGGCUCUCGGGGCCAUUUGUAACAGCUGCAGUUCCCUGGAUAGACAGUUGAUUUCCUCCUCCUGACCCUCCCCCAGCUGUGCCAGCUCGCCUUUGUAAGUGAAGGAAAUGUGAAAAUAGUAGAAAAUGUGACCCUCCAAAUGGGAAAACUGCAGGCUUUUUUUUUUUUUUUUUGCUAUCGUGACUGUGAAGUGCUUGGAAAUACUGUCCACUCUGAGCGACCGUUUCGUUUUAGAUUCAUGGAGUCAAUGGCUUGUUCAGCACCCAGAUGUGGCUAUUGACGUAUCUACACUUCGCACCGGAGUGACUGGAAUUGUGGCUGUCCUGAUUAUAGGAUUUUAACUUAACUGAAAUAACUGUUUUUGAAUAAAUGUGUUGGGUUCCCCACCACCA